ACUGGGCACCAACCAACGCCGCAGCGUCACCCCUGAGCCCCUCAAUAAGUUCCAGGCGCAACGGCCACUGGUCACCCGUCAAAUCAAUUUGGGUGCCUAUCUUCUACUCCUCAAGCCCCUAACACUCCCACUUUUAGGUGCUGAUUCACCCCCCAAACACCCAACUAGCUGUUUCAGUGCCACGCGGAACUGCGCUGCCCCAUUAUUGUGGCAGCGGACAUCGACAUCGACCCCCUGGCAUUUGUCACCCACACUCGAAACUUUGACUACGUUCCAACAUCAACAACAUCUUCGAUCCCAUGAUCUCUCCACCUGUGCCUGCCACCUCACCAGCAGGUGCAGAUUUACAUAGAACGAGCUCCAGGCGCCGUGGCCUCAGUUAUUUUCGUGCCUUCUCCCAUUCUCGAUCAGGCAACACUUCUCCCAACGAACCUUCCCGUUCUCCGAGACACUACUUCCAACGAUCCCUCAGCCAUAAUAGCGACAGCCGUUCUCACCGGUCGGUUCUCACAACAAGGCAUCGUAGCAAUUCUCGUCCGGACGAACCCACGAGCCCCCUCGGCGAUCGAGGAGGUGUUUCCGCAUCUUCCCUGGAAAACCUCCACUCCCCCACUAGCCCUGCGACAAGCAGGCUAGGCCCGAAUUCCUCUCUUGCGCAACCUGCCCACAACACCACAUCUACCGAUACAGGCGAGGACAGUAUGGCAAGACAAAGAACUUCUACUCUACGCAGACACACAACUGCCGGGCAUCUUCAAACGUCCUCCUCAACCACAGAAGCUGUCGAGCAAGCCGCAAGGCCUGCCAAUCCAAGAACCCAAUCAGGCAGAACACCUGGAACGAAUACCGAGUCCGAAAGCAAGCCUCAACUACCUGCAAUCCGAUUACAUUCUCAUCAGGAGGCACGGAAUGGAAGGCCGUCGCUGACCUUUAGCCCAAUAUCACGCACAUUGCCCAGUGAAAGCUCCAUUAUUCGAGUGGGACGCUACUCAGAACGAGAGGGAGUCCCCAACGCGAACCCUUCUGCCCCUUCGGAUGCUCCGGUAGGCUUCAAGUCCAAGGUGGUGAGUCGCAAGCACUGCGAGUUCUCCUUUGUCGAUGGCCAGUGGCAGAUCAAGGAUGUGGCCAGCUCCUCUGGAACCUUUCUCAACCAUAUACGGCUCAGCCAGCCAAACACAGAGUCAAGAUUAUUCCCUAUCAAGGAUGGCGAUAUUGUCCAACUUGGGAUCGAUUUCCGUGGGGGUGAGGAGAUGAUUUUCCGUUGCGUCAAGAUCAGGGUUGAAUGCAAUCGAUCAUGGCAGAAGAAGCCAAAUACUUUCAAUAAGAGCCGUCAUCAACAAUUGCAGAGCUUGGCAAAGGAUGAACCAUCUGCCGAUGCAAACAGCAGCGAGUGUUGUAUUUGCCUGGGAUCAGUCCUGCCCUGUCAAGCACUUUUUGUCGCCCCCUGUGCUCAUGUAUGGCAUUACAAAUGCAUUCGGCCGAUGUUGGAAGGCAGAAAUAGCACAUAUCCCCAAUUCCAGUGUCCCAAUUGCAGAGCAUAUUCAGAUCUCGCAGCGGAUGUGGAUGUUGCUCAGUCCGACAUCGAUGAAUGGAUGGAUGGUAAUGAGGAUGAUUCGGAUCGUCUAGCGGCAGUCAAUGCUUCAAACAACGUUGAUACGACCGAAACGGAGGAUGCAUCCGCGGAUGGACAAGCCACAGAACCCCCAGAAGCGGCCUUGCCGGCCACGGCUACCUCUAUCGACGCAUUGCGGACCUCUUUAUCUAACGGUCUCACACAAAAUCCCAACUCCCCACCUGCUGUCGCGAAUGAAUUGUCCAAUUCUCCCACGUCCAUGCGCGGGAGUGGUCUUCUUGCUCGCCGACAAGCCACAAACCCGGUCUCUCCCGAGGUACAGGCCAUGAAUGGUAACAUUGAUCUUCCCGAGCGGCUAGAACCAGAUGAUUCCCAUGUUCAACUAGACCAGCAGCGAACGAGGACGCAGACACCCGAUAUCGAUCACACGCCGGCAGGAGAAGGACCAUUGACGCCUAGGAAUAACGCUGGCCCUUUUGUGUUUGAUGGAAGUGCUGGAAGAACGGAAGCCCGACACCCAGUGGUUCCUGGCAUUCCUGAGGUUGUCAACGCAAGUCAGGCAUCAGCGUCUUGACGAUGAAAAGGGCACUUUUUGGAAUUGGUGACCUCUGUUCGUUUAAAUUUGAUGGGCAAAGCUUUGUUUCUCGAUCGCUGGCCUCUUCAUGCAUUGUGCACCCAGUGUAGGCAUGGUGACACAUGAGCCUGAGGAAAAGCACGGUUUGAGCGUUUCAUGCCAUUUGAGCACUUUUGGUCUGCCACAUGUUAGAUUAAUGCAUCUAGCCUAGUCACAAUUAGUAUAUUACACCAGUUCUGACACGUGG